AUGUUGCUGGAGAAGAACAGCGCUAUCUAUAUAGAACGAUGGAAUAAAGCGGGGAGUGCGAAGAGGCCAUUAUUUGUCUCUAAGUGGGUGGAUUGGGAUUUACGAGCGUUCGCUGACGAAACAUUCCAUGGCACAGAGAAAUGCGUGAACUUCAUUCAUGAGUUUGAUCCUUUGAGCUUUUAUCCAGCCGGAGGUCUGCAGUUCUCCACUUUGUGGGGAAGAGCUGUUGAACUUGAUAUGGGAGAGUGGUCCGUGAAUUUCAAAGAUUAUCCCAUUCCUUAUCUACUCGCCAAAGACACGCAUUUUUUCGGUCUUCUUAUUGGCGCUGAAGAGCUUGAAGAGAGCGGUCGUUCUUUUCGCGAGUGUGAAAUACCUUUGCCUGCUCCAUGGGAAACACACACUGUACGGCGCAACAUGGCACCAUUGAAAUUUUACUAUGAUAUGCAGUGCGAAAGCGCGGAUCUCUCCGCCACAUAUGGACCGUGCUGGGAGCCAUGCCUUUCAAUGGUCAGUCUCAUGUGGAACAACAUUAGUGCACCAUCGAAAGAUCCUUCUGUCAUAACAACAAUGCUAGCAUCACCUGAUCCAUACAACACGACGGAAACUGUGGAGAUGUGCUGGGACGGCUUUGGGCUCGACUGGGCACUUGGUGAAAUACGAAUACGCUCCGGUUUACGUGUUUUCAUGCGCACAGCGUCCCGCUACGAUGACUCUCGUAUUCUCUUUUUACCGGACCUUCGACUACGGGUUGUGCUAGACUGGAUUUGUAACGGUGAUCCGCACGAUCACCAUUCCGUGACCCUCUGUGCGCCACAUCGUCUACCACAUUCUUUCUUGGAUCACGAUUCGUUUCGUGCCUUUCGAUCGUCAUCACUUGAUCUUUCGCUAUCUUUCGACGUCGCCGGAGGUGCUGAAACUGGUGAAACUGGGGAUCGCAUUCCACACGUUCUACUUUAUGCAAACACAUUUCGUUGCAUCGAGUUUCUCCUUAAUACGUUAACAAUGAAAAAUCGAAACGUGCGGAAGGGCCGACUAUUUGGAACUCCUUCUUAUCCCAAACCUCAACUAGGGAAGCAUUUCCGAAAUGUACAAGUUUCGUUGAAUUUUCCACGAUUCUACAUCACGUAUUGGAUGUCGCAUUCGUCAGACUAUGGUUUUCGUGUCAUAUCCGAUGGAUUGAAUCUGCUAGCUUCCAUGAAGCUAACAGUUCAGGCUGAGGCGGAAUCGGGUAUCACGCGACGUCGAAUUUACGUGUGGAUUCCACAGCAUGUGUCGGCCACUCUUUGGGGAACUCAGGUGCAUGUCUACAGCAAUGGAUAUCCGCCAUCUGUUGACGGUCUGUCUUCAAGCGACGAGGAAACUUUUCUCUUGGGCUUGAAUCGGGUAUCGUAUGUCCGGGAGAAUAAUCGUGGACGCGAUGCAACUCAGCACAGGCUAACUGUCCAUGACCUGAAGGCUUCUUGGACUGCACAGAAUCGCGAUGCUUGUAUAUCAAUAGCAGACGGAGUACAUCGAGCUCAUAUGCUUCGUCGAAUACUCAGUAACGAUGCUCUAAAGAUUUUAAAAUUACAUAUGGAAGAAGAAGCCCAAUCCUCUUCAUCCAAUGUACCGUCAAGCGACGGUUCAGCAACCAAAGGAGGUGAUGGCCACCGUCGUGUUUAUAGUAUGUCUGAUCAAAACCAGUCGCUGCUCAACCAGUUGAUAGGGGAAGCUAAUACGAAACUUGUAGCUCAUUGUGAACAAGCUGGAGACCUUCCAACAGAUUCGUUGUUAGGAGCACUGCAGUGUACAUCUGACGAUGUUCGCAACAUCAAUUGGCAAAUCGAUUUAUUGAAUAGCCAACUUGUGCUGAAAGGCUGCGAACGAGCUGGAUUUGUGUUAUUAACAGCUGCACGGGCUAGUGUGACUCAGAAAGUGCACCGUUGUGUAUGGCGUAAUGGACAGCUGUUGGGAAAAAAGUCAUGGUCUUCGAUAAUAUCUGGCAUGCAAUAUUUUGCCCCUAUAUCCAUUGUGCACGGACGUACAGUAGAGUCGUUUAGAUGGCUAACGAGAGAGGUGAUCCCUUUAGAGCAGAAGACUGAUGUGAUUGAAGAAAAAACUCCCGCAGGUGUGAUAGGUGAUCCUUACCUGCACCCUUACAUUGGUGCAGGGGAAGCUGUAGGUGGAGUAGUGGAAGCAGAAGAGACAUCAGAAAAAGUUCAACUGCAAAGAAUUGUCUCCAGAUGCAGCUGUGAGAUAUACUUCUGUUACUUUUCUGAAGAACUCAAAACAGAUGCGAUAGAGGAGACCGGGGUUCCUAAGGUCGAGCAGGAAAGUGCCAUUGGUGGUGAUGAGACCGGUGUAGAUUGCUUUACACUUAAGCACAAUAUGUUAGAAGCAAGUAGUAAUUCAGAGCAGUAUGAAAUGAUGGUGGAUAUUGUCAACAACCUGGUACUUUUCGUUGACCCGAAAAAGAAGGAGCUAGCUGAGCGCAGAAGGAAACUUCGAUUCGCAUGUCAAAUGAUGAAUAUGAACGAGAUGAGGGAGAAGAUCGUAGAACAACAGCCCAGUGGGAAUAUAGAAGAGCAGAAACGAGAGGAAAUUGUUGAAGAGAUGGAGGAGAACAAAGCAAGACAACUGGAAGUUUCUGACAAACUAGCCAUUUUCAUUAGUUGUUAUAAACAACGCCAAGUGGAAGCCGCUCGUGCAACCGUCUGCAGUAAGUUGGAAGAAGAAGAUAUGUUGGCUGCUGUUGCCCGAAGGUUUGAGGUGUGUUUCGAGGACUGUAUUUGGAAACUGACAGAGUGUGACGGGCAAAUCGCAAUAGCUCAAAUACAGAUUAGGAACUUUCUAUAUACAAGAACAGUGCGCAUUGAUAGCUCAGGAGAACAUUUGUUUGAGGUUGGAACUUUGCGAGUGACGAACCUUCUUCCGGACACAAUUUACCGGGACACGCUUCACCGAGAUGAGCGAGUCCAAACGCGACAACCUUCCAUAAGGCUCAUGGUUCGCGAUAUGGCCCCAGGUUCGACUUUUUACUAUUUUGUAUUCUCUCACAAGCUUUAUCCCUAUAUACUAAAUUAUACGUUUUUUUCAGUUGGUGGAAUAUGCGUGAAAGAGUUAUUUGAAGUGAACAUUGCGCCCAUGGUUGCUCAGCUCACCUACCGAUUUUUCGAAAAAAUGAUGUUGUUCUUUUUCCCUGGACGUAAUAUUCAUAAAGAAGAUAAUCUCGAUUCUGUUGACGAGGGGACACCGAAAUUCUCAUUCACUCGCCGUUUCGCUGGCACUCUAAGCAUGCGCAGUAAUAAAGCGGGGCAAGUUGAUCGGAAGAUCAGCGGGAAGCAAUCUAUUGAUGUAGAGCUCACAGAUAUUGAUAAAAUGCGGGAACGAGCCGACAAUAAUAACUUUUUUGUAUAUAUAAAAAUUCCUGAAGUUCCAUUCGUAGUGUCCUAUAAGGGCAAUAAGGACAAGAACAUAGAAGAUGUGGAUAGAUUCAGUUUUCUUUUUCCUCUAUGUGAGUUCCAUGAAAGAAACUGGACCUGGCUUGAUGUGGCGCUAGCAUUCAUGCGGCAGAAAUUGCUGCGAAAUCGGCUAACGGGUGGUCCUGAAACAGUCGAAGGAAUCAGCGAAGAAGACAAGAAAAAGAUCGCGCUAGGCUCUAUUCAAACAUCAAGCAUCGAAAAGAAGAAGAAGAAGUAG